GAUUUAAAAACUAGAUUUUGCCCCUGGCACACCCCCCGAGAUAAUUAACCAACCAUCACAGCCUACCUUACUAUAGGGCUGCAAGUCUAUCUGCUGCUCCACUAUAAUAAUAGAUGGGAAGUGAAACAUGUUGGAGGGGGGAAGCCAGUGGAGGCUUAUUGAAGCUGUCAAAGAUCACCUCAUCUCUCUGUAGCCUUUUUUCUCUUAUGGGCCCGGGACUGCAUUUUCUUAUCAGCUGAGCCACAAUGUUGACGAGGCUUUUCAGUGAUCCCUCGCUGCUUCCCGAGGUGCAGAAAUACUCCGGCUGGGCGGAGGACAGCGAAGGCGAGGACUCCAAGAUCAAGGAGGAGGACCAGGACGCCCAGGACGACAUGGAGGCCUCUGAGUUGAGGGGAGGCAGCCGGACGCACUCCGAGCACGCCGGGGAAGAAGACGAGGACGACGAGGUUGAGGAGGACGACGAUGGAGAGGAGGAUACAGAGGGAGACAGACCCAAGAAAAGGGGGCCCAAGAAGCGCAAAAUGACCCAGGCCCGGAUCGAGCGGUCCAAGGUGCGGCGGCAGAAGGCCAACGCGCGGGAGAGGACCCGCAUGCACGACCUGAACUCUGCUCUCGACAAUCUGCGUAAAGUGGUGCCCUGCUACUCCAAAACGCAAAAACUGUCCAAAAUCGAGACGCUCCGGUUGGCCAAAAACUAUAUUUGGGCCCUGUCGGAGAUAUUGCGCUCUGGGAAAAGGCCCGAUCUUGUGUCCUACGUCCAGACGCUAUGCAAGGGACUCUCCCAGCCUACGACCAACCUGGUGGCGGGGUGCCUGCAGCUGAACUCCCGCAACUUCCUAACCGAGCAGCAGUGUCAGGAAGGCGGCAGGUACGCAUCCAGCUCCUUCUCCAUGCACUCAUACCCGUACCAGUGUGCGCGUCUCUCCAGCCCCCACUGCCAGCCGGGCUCGAACUCGCAUCCGCUGAGGACGCACGGUUACUGCUCGGCCUACGACUCCUUGUACGGCGGGAGCGGAUCCCCUGAGUAUAACAGUCCCGAGUACGAGGGGCCCCUCAGCCCGCCCCUGUGCAUCAAUGGCAACUUUUCCCUGAAGCACCAAGGCUCUGCGUCCCCCGACAACGAGAAGGGGUACCACUACUCUAUGCAUUACUCCGGCCUGCCUGGCCCCAGACCCACCGGGGCCCACAACCUGGUGUUUGGCUCCUCGGGGGCCCGGAGCGGCAUUCACUCUGAAAACGUCCUGCCUUACCACGACAUGCACUUACACCACGAACGGGCCCCCGUGUAUGAUGAACUGAACGCGUUUUUUCACAACUAA